GACUAUCGACAGCUCUGGUCUGGCGUGCACGCUGAGUGCUCGCGCCGUGUCUUCCCUUUCUUCUGAAGAGAGCUCGUAUCCGUAGCAGCCAUGGCUCUUCACGUGCCCAAAGCACCGGGCUUCGCCCAGAUGUUAAAAGAUGGUGCGAAGCACUACUCUGGUUUGGAGGAAGCUGUUUUCCGGAACAUUCAGGCAUGCAAAGAACUGGCACAGACCACUCGGACAGCCUAUGGACCCAAUGGCAUGAACAAAAUGGUGAUCAACCAUCUGGAGAAGCUCUUUGUUACCAAUGAUGCUGCAACCAUCCUCAGAGAACUUGAGGUCCAGCACCCUGCAGCCAAGAUGAUCGUGAUGGCGUCUCACAUGCAGGAGCAGGAGGUGGGCGAUGGCACAAACUUUGUCCUGGUGUUUGCUGGGGCCUUGCUGGAGCUGGCUGAGGAGCUUCUUAGAAUGGGCCUGUCAGUGUCUGAGGUCAUUGAGGGGUAUGAAAUGGCCUGCAAGAAGGCUCUUGAAAUCCUACCAGACUGUGUGUGUGCCUCGGCUAAGAACCUGCGCGAUGAAAAUGAGGCCACUGCCAUGAUUCGGCCGUCUGUUAUGAGCAAACAGUAUGGGAAUGAAGACUUCCUGGCUAGUCUCAUUGCAGAGGCCUGUGUUUCCAUUUUCCCUGAGUCUGGGAAUUUCAAUGUGGACAAUGUUAGAGUGUGUAAAAUAUUGGGCAGUGGGUUGAAUUCCUCAUCAGUCCUGCGAGGGAUGGUGUUCAAGAAAGAAGCUGAAGGAGACAUCACAGCGGUCAAGGAUGCAAAGAUUGCAGUGUUCUCCUGUCCAUUUGACUGCAUGGUGACAGAGACUAAAGGAACUGUCCUGAUUAAGAAUGCCGAGGAGUUGCUGAGCUUCAGCAAAGGUGAAGAAGACAUUAUGGAGACCCAGGUCAAGGCCAUUGCAGAAGCAGGUGCCAGUGUUGUGGUGACAGGUGGCAAGGUGGCAGACAUGGCCCUGCACUAUGCCAACAAGUACCAGCUCAUGGUGGUCAGGCUUAAUUCUAAGUGGGAUUUAAGAAGGCUCUGUAAAACAGUAGGAGCUGUUGCACUUCCCAGAUUGAUGGCCCCCACCCCUGAAGAGAUGGGACGCUGUGACAGUGUUUACCUCACAGAAGUUGGUGACACGCAAGUGGUUGUCUUCAAACAGGACAAAGAGGAUAUCACCAUCUCGACUUUGGUAAUCCGUGGAUCUACAGACAAUAUGAUGGAUGACAUUGAGCGGGCUGUUGAUGAUGGAGUGAACACAUUCAAGGUUCUUGUCAGGGACAACCGUCUUCUGCCGGGUGCUGGGGCCACUGAGAUCGAGCUGGCUAAACAGAUCACAUCUUAUGGAGAGUCCUGUCCUGGCCUGGAGCAGUAUUCCAUCAAGAAGUUUGCUGAGGCCUUUGAGGCCCUGCCACGUGCAUUGGCAGAAAAUUCUGGGGUCAAAGGCAAUGAACUUAUCUCCAAACUGUACGCCACACACCAUGAAGGGAACAAGAACAUUGGCUUCGACAUUGAGGGUGAGGGUGCAGCUGUGAAGGACAUGCUUGAGGCUGGUAUCCUGGACCCAUACUUGGUCAAACACUGGGGCAUCAAAUUGGCCACCAAUGCUACAGUCACUGUGCUCCGAGUUGACCAGAUCAUAAUGGCUAAGCCAGCAGGUGGACCCAAAGCUCCCAAGCAGCAAGGACACUGGGACAAAGACGGCUGGGAUGAGGAUCCCGAUAAAUUUGACACCCAUUAUUAAACAAAUAAUGUCAGGUGCUGAACUAAAUAGCCCGGAGUAGCAUCUUUAAGAUGUGUAUUUGAAAGUGCAUGAAAAUACUGAACACUCUAAAAUUUUGUGUGUGAUUAAAAUAAUGGUGUGUUGGAACUAACAUUUUGCAAGAGGGAUAUGCAACUUGAAUUGUCUUUGAUGCUUAAGCACUGAAAUCACCCCAC